GCGUGCCUUUAACUGUAGAAACGCUGGAGUUGCAAAUCCUUAAGCCUAUUAACGUUAAAACAUGUUACAGUCACGCUGUCCUUAUAUACGGCGCAUAUUCGAAUCCGUCGAGCCCAGAAUUAAGCGGCGUCACGUCGCCGAAGAACCAACCUGCUAGACACUUAACAUACUAUUAAAGGCCUUCUAUUAUAUCUAAGGAGGUAUAUAUGACUGGAGCGAAAGCCCUUAGAGGAGAGAAGGAAUAUAUAAACAGUAUAAUAUUCGACGGAGUGGCAUCCCCCAGAAAGAUAACAGGAAGAGGUAAAUUAAUUCAGAUCUACGAUUCUAAGGCAGACAUGAGCUCCCUGGCGUACUGGGAACACGAAAACCCCUCCGAAGAUGGUACUUAUAAUAUUCCUGCUAGAUAUAAGGUUCGCGUAAUAGGAUCUACAGUAAAGUUUACAUAGAUGCGAGCU